AUGGAAUCCGGGGAAAUCACGAAAGACUGCAGAGCUUGCGCGCCGGGACCUUGUGUCAAUAAAUAGGCCAAUGGGGAACUGUAAAGCCGAGCGUGGAACCUGUAGAGACAAUGCGUGGCAGGUGGAGGAAACAAUAGCACCUAAUCCAGCAAGUCAAGGCCUGAAUCUGGAAGAGAAACCAGAGGCUAGAAUCCCCCAAAUGUUAUCCUCCCUCAGUAGGCCCUAGAGCACUCACCCCUGACCAGUAAGUCUUCCCAGCCUCAUAGUCCCAUACCUCCCUCAGCUCUGACUUAAGAGAUCUCUGAAUUUGUCUUUUCCCAAGAAGAACAAGAAAUGACUGAGGCUCAGGUUUCUUGGAGUCUCUGCAGUGUCCCUCAACCAGACCCCUUAAUGAAGGUUGUAGGAUCUUCUUCCUGAUCCCAGCAGUUCCAGUUGAGUCUAUGGAUCCUACCAAACUUGGAGAUCCUGGGAAGAGUGGCGUUGUCAGCAAGAGAACCCCAAGGUUGAAGUUCAGUGUGAACAUGGCAGCCAGCCGGGACUUGCCCCAGCAAGGGAGACAUGGCAAAGCCUGUGAGAUGCCAGUGUCAUUUGAGGAUGUGACUGUGGACUUCAGUAGAGAGGAGUGGCAGCAAUUGGACUCUACACAGAGAUGCCUGUACCAAGAUGUAAUGCUGGAGAACUACAGUCACCUGCUCUCAGUGGGGUUUGAAGUUCCCAAACCAGAGGUCAUCUUCAAGUUGGAGCAAGGAGAGGAGCCAUGGAUGUUGGAUGGGGAAAACCCACAUCAGAGUUGUUCAUAUGGUAAAUUUGGAAUUAAGAACUCACAAAAAAGAACUUCUGGAAAAACUACAUUUCAUGGUGAAAUAGAGGAUGAAGAUACACGAGAUGAUUCAUUAUAUUCCAUUUUAGAAGAACUGUGGCAAGAUGCUGAUCAGAUAAAAAUAUGCCAGGAAAAACAGAACAGCCCUCCAAAUCACACCGAGUUUUUCAAUAAGAAAAUAUUGAACAAAGAGCUGGAUCAUGAAUAUACAGACAUUGGAAGAUGUAUACAUCCAAGCCCAAAUCUCAUUCGUUCACAGAAGAGAUCCCAUAAACAUGACUCAUUUGAGAAACGUUUCAGGCAUAAUGUGGACUUACAUAUUCAUGACAAAAACAAUACAUCAAAGAACUUUGAUAAAAUUGUUGGCCAUGGUCAAGUUUUCAGUCAGAGCACUUCUUUUACUAACCAUGAAAAUGCACGUAUGGGAGUGAAGAUCUGUGAAAGUGAUCAGUGUGAAAAAGUCCUCAGCCUCAAAAACACACUUAGUCAAAAUCUGAAAUUUCCUGUUGGGGAGAAAGCAAACACAUGUGCUGAAUUUGGGAAGAUCUUCACCCAAAAGUCUUAUCUCUUUGCACCUUCAAGAAUUCACACUGUGGAAAAACCUCAUGAACUUAGCAAAUGUGUAAAUGCUUUUACACAGAAGCCACUACUCAGUAUAUAUCUGCGAGUUCAUAGAGAUGAAAAACUAUACAUAUGUUCUCAAUGUGGGAAGGCCUUCCUCCAGAAUUCAGAAUUAAUGAUGCAUGAGAAAAGUCAUACUAGAGAGAAACCCUAUAAAUGCAGUGAAUGUGGAAAGUCAUUUUUCCAGCUGUCUUCUCUACUCAGGCAUCAGACAACUCAUAAUGGAGAAAAACUCUAUGAAUGCAGUGAAUGUGGGAAAGGUUUCUCCCUGAACUCAGCCCUCAAUAUACAUCAGAAAAUCCAUACUGGAGAGAGACAUCAUAAAUGUAGUGAGUGUGGGAAAGCCUUCACCCAGAAGUCAACACUCAGAAUGCAUCAGAGAAUUCACACAGGAGAGAGAUCCUAUAUAUGUACUGAAUGUGGGCAGGCCUUCAUCCAGAAGGCUCACUUGACUGCACAUCAAAGAAUUCAUACUGGAGAGAAACCUUAUGAAUGCAGUGAUUGUGGGAAAUCUUUUCCUUCCAAGUCCCAACUUCAGAUGCAUAAGCGAAUUCAUACAGGAGAGAAACCCUAUAUAUGUACUCAAUGUGGGAAGGCCUUCACCAAUAGGUCAAAUCUCAAUACUCACCAGAAGUCUCACACUGGAGAGAAGUCUUAUAUAUGUGCUGAAUGCGGGAAGGCCUUCACCGACAGGUCAAAUUUCAAUAAACACCAGACCAUCCAUACGGGAGAAAAACCCUAUGUUUGUGCCGACUGUGGAAGGGCCUUCAUCCAGAAGUCAGAGUUGAUUACACAUCAGAGAAUUCAUACUACAGAGAAGCCUUAUAAAUGUCCUGACUGUGAGAAAUCCUUCUCCAAGAAACCACAUCUCAAAGUACAUCAGCGAAUUCACACAGGAGAGAAACCAUAUAUAUGUGCAGAGUGUGGGAAGGCCUUCACUGACAGGUCAAAUUUCAAUAAACACCAGACAAUUCAUACUGGAGAUAAACCCUAUAAAUGCAGUGACUGUGGAAAGGGCUUCACCCAGAAAUCAGUUCUUAGUAUGCAUCGCAAUAUUCAUACAUGAAAUAACCCUGUUUCUUAAAAAUGAGAGAGCCUUACCAUAGAAGUCAGGUCUAACUGUGUAUUAUAAAAUUCAUCUGAGAUGGACCUUGUAUGAAUACACUGUAUAAAAAAGCAUUCAUCAGUCUAUCUCACUUGAGAUGAAAAAAAAAUUUAGAAGAGACCCUGUAAGAAUUGAAAGAAGGGGGAUUUUCACAUUUACACAGUCUCACAAAAUACAGUAGAAUUAACAUUGAGAAAAUGCUGUCAGUUUGGUACGUUAGGAAAAACCUUCCUGUGGAAAGUAUCAUGAAGCAAUUAUUACCAAAUUGUUUAUAGGGUAGAGGAUGUAAAAUUAUUUAAGUGACAGUCAUGUUUACUAUAUUAUAGUAAGCAGUUUCAUAAGAAAAUAAUGUAUUUGUUGUGCAGCAGACCUCUCAGUUCUAUAGGGUGUUUGUGGUAAAAUAUUGCAUAAAAGGAUGAAUAAUUGAAAUGAAAUUCUUUUUUAAAAUUUAGAAUGUUUAUCAAGUGUUCAUUAUUGAAUAUAUCUAUCAAAAGAAUUCAUAAAAGUCAUUUUGGCUCUUUAUAUACACACAUCUGCAUAUACAGUUUUAUAUGAACACAUGAAUAUUAUUCCUACUGUUUUCUGUGACAUAGUACUCUUAGUACAUAGUACAUAGUACAUAGCACAAUGCAAAAUAACCACAGAUUCCUCCCAUCCAUUUAUGCACAGUCCCUUUUGCAAUGGUACCUUGUUGUUUCUCUUAUUAAAUAUGUUAUGGCUUGGAUACAAAGUGUCCUCUAAAGGCUCCUGUGUUAAUGCAAGAAUGUUCAAAGGUGAAAUGAUUAUAUUAUGAGAGCUAUAACCUGAUCAGCCCAUCUUAGUUUGAAUGGACUAACUGGGUGUUAGCUGUGUGCAGACUGUAUGCAUGGCUCAAGGAGGUGGGUCACUGGGAGUAUACCCUGGAAGGUUCAUCUUCUGUGCAGCCCUUUCACCUCACUCUCUGCUUCCUGGUUGCCAUGAGCUAAUAGCUUUCCUCCAGGGCACUCAUUAGUCAUGAUGCUAUACCUCACCUCAGGCCCAGAGUGAUGGAACUGGCUGACCAUGAGCAGAACCUUGGAAACUAUGAGCCUGAAAUAAACUUUUUGUCCUCUAAAUUGGUCUUGUCAGGUAAUUUGGUCAUAGUGACUAAAAGCUAACACAAAAUAGUUCUUAUCCGUCUUUGCUCCUUGACUUUCAACUUGGCCAUAUGAUUUGCUUUGGCCAAGGAACAUUAUCAGAGAGAUUCAAGAAGAGGCUGGAGAAGUGUGAACGCUUGCUUUGGGGCUUAUCCUUUCUCGCUGCUCUUUGGAAUCCUGAGAUCUCAGUGUUAAGAAGCACAGAUGCCCUACUGUGGGACGAGAAAUCACAUAGAGCAGAGGUGAGCCAGUUUAGCUGAUGCCCCAUGGAACAAUUUGCAUAUGGGCUUGGGAAUGAGUCCUUCAUAGGCCUAUGUCCCCAGCCAAACCAACCCAGCCCAAAAUAGCCAUGUCAGUUAUCCCAGCGAACCUGAAGAAUUAUGAGUUAAAUAAGUGAUCAUGGCUUUAGGUAAUUAUGUUUUGGGGUAGUUUGUUGCGUAUCAAAUGCUAAAUAAUACUUAAAAGUGUAUGUGUGUGAAUUGAAUUAUACCCAAACAUAAUAUGGCAUUGACUUUGGACCUGGGUAGCCAGUAGAGACUGGAGAAUAGUGAGGAAAUCUGUUAGCAAAGUCUGGAAAAUAUGACAACUUAUUAGAAAGGAAAAAGUGGCAAAAUGAUCACCAUGCUCUGUGGGAAGAUACAGAAUGUACCAAACAAACUUGUGAAUCUGACUAAAGAGAUUUGCUAUGGAAUAUAGGAAGAGUCAGUUUGCUGCUUUUAACUGCAUAUGAGAAGGUACAGAAUGAGAAAAAUGAAUAAAAUAAAUACUUGUUCCCCUGGCAAACAAUCAGAAGAAAUAGAGAAAUGCCAGAAUUUGCUGUGUUGGGAAAUAAUUUUUUCACGUAACUAGUCUCUUCGGCCACCAAAAUAUUUUUAAGGUACAAAAUGACCUUAGGGUGAAUAUCAAGUCAUGGGUAUGCCUGUAAAACCCUUUGUUACAAUAUGUGAAAUACUGUAUUCUCUUGGUUGUUGGGAAACCCUGUCAGUGAAACUAAUGGGUAUCUAAAAAUCUUUGUGAUAUGAUUCCACAGUAGCCUGACAAUACUCUAAGGAGAAAGACUUGCCUAAAAAGAAUUGUUGAUGUGGCAUUUAGGGCAUGGAGUAGACUUGAACAGAUUCAUAGGAAACUCAGAGUUUUUAAUUGAGUUUUAUCUGUGAAACUACCUCCAUAUUGGCCUUAAAGGAACUGAAACAAUUCAAAAUGACUCUGGAUUCUUCUCCCUAACUUCUGUGAACAGAAUGCAAGACAACAAUGUUAUUCAGCUUACAAAUAUGAACCAUUUCUUAUGGGAAGUGAAGGAUGUCUCAGAGGGAAGGCCCAAGAACAAUAUAUUAAAAUGGACUGGAAAGCCAUUUCUAGGGAAAACUGGGCCAUAAUCAGGAAACACUAUCUGUCCCUGGAGAAAGGGGAGCUGACAUUUUCUCUGUGGUAUUUCAGAAUUAUUAUGGAACAGUGAAUGAUCUUGUUGCUCUUCUUAUUGAAUGGGAAUAUUCUCCCUAUUGCAGUUAUUCUUCCUCUCCCCAUAUAUAUCUUAAGUGUGUGUUUGAGAAGGGCGUGCCAAAUAACUUGUCAUUUAGCUCACAGGAUCAAGAAACUGAGAAACUGUACUCAAGGAGCCUUGGCCACAUCUGAAACUGGUACAGAAGACAUGGAAUCCUGGAUUUGAGCCUGAUACCAUGAUUUUGGAUGGAAUAUUUAGAGGCCCUGGAAUGAGAGUGACCAUGUCUUGCAUGGGGUGGUAAUUGAAUAAUUUGUGAUCAGAACGUACACUGUGUUAGAAAAAUGUUACAUGUCUCCCAUCUCUAUAUGGGUGUCCUUUUCAGCUUUUAUUUCUCUUUGCAUUUCAUUUGGGAUAAUUUAUAUUGAUCUAUCUUCAAGUACACUGAUUCCCCUGCAUCCUGGCUCUGUCAGGCCUACUGAUGAACCUAUUUAAAGCAUUCUUCUUUUCGGUUAUGUUUUAUUUUUUAUAUUUACUAUUUCCAUUUGAUUUGUAUAGUGUUUCUAUUUCUGCCGAAAUUCCCUAUCUGUUCAUUCAUGUUCCCAUUUUCCACUAUUUCCUUUGUCUUAGUUUGAACUACUGUAACAAAGUACUAUAGACUGGAUGGCUUAUAAAUAACAGAAAUUUAUUUUUUUAUCAUUCUGAAAGCUAGAAGUCUGAGAUUGGGGUGCCAGUAUGAUCAGGUUCUUGUGAGGACCCUUUUCUGGAUUAUAGACUACCAAGCUCUCAUUGUACCCUUACUUGGCUUUUGGGCCUUCUGUAUCCUCACUGGAAAGCUCUCUGGGGUACCUUUUAUAAGGGCAUGAAUCCCAUUUGUAAGGCCUCCACCUCAUGACCUACCUACCUCUCAAAGGCCCCACCUCCUGAUACCAUCACAUUGGGGAUAAGGAUUUCAGUAUACAGGUUUUGUGGGAACACAGACAUCCAGUCUAUAACACCAUUUAACAUAUUUUAACCCAGUUUAUUUUAAUUUCCCUGCCUGAUAGUUCCAGUAACUCAGCCAAGUGAGUUCAGGUCUUUUGACUGCUUUACCUUUUGACAGUAGGUUCCUUUCUUUUGCUGUUCUGCAUCUAGUAAGUUUUAGCUAAAUGUUGGAUAUUGGGUAAAGGGCAGGAUAAACUGCAAUGAAUAGUAUUUAUUCAUGGAAAUAUGCAUGACUGCUCUUCUGAUAGGCCAUUAGCAAGGGGGCAUUGAGUUGAUACAGUCAGUGUUGGGUUUUCGUUUUGUUGUUGCUGUUGUGAACUUCAGCGUAACAUAGACUUCAAAUUCCUCUAAUAUUACCUUGUGGUUGAAGUAGACACUGGUUUUCUAGAGAAUUUUUCUCAACAUUCCUGGACUGUAUUUGUCUUUAGGCCUUUCCAAUAUUUCUCCAUCUCAGUGAUGGUCUCUCUACAUUUUGUCUCUCUCUUAGUAGUAGACUUCUGGUGUUUUGUUUGUUAGUUUGGUACUGGGGAUGAAUCCAGGGGCACUUUACCCCUGAGCUAUAUCCCCAGCCCUUUUAUU